ACAUACAAACAGGAUUAAGACUCAGCGCCUGGAUAUGUCCCGCUAGUGGCCGGCUGUCAGCUCCCUGCGAGACACACCUCACCUUUCUGCCAGUUUAAGGGGGAGGCUUCACUAGUCCCUGGCACAUGGGCAGGAGACUCAGAGGAGCCCAAUGACUAAGGGUCAUGCCUGGAGUUUGGCUUUUGCUUCUUUUGGCAAAGUGGUUCUCCUGCCAGGGAGUCUCAGUGGGAGAUGAUGGGGUUAAUAACCUAACUAUGGCUGUACUGCUCCCCAAAACCAACCGAGCGUACCCCUGGGCAUGGCCGAGAGUGGGACCAGCUAUUCAGUUAGCCAUAGACCGGAUUAAUAACGACCCCAGCCUCCUCCCUGACCUCCAUGUACAGACCUUCUUGGGCAACAGUGAAGACAAGGAUGGCGUCUGCUCGGACUCAACGGCCCCCGUAGUAGCAGUGGACCUCCAGUUCACCCAUCACCCCGAAGUCUUCCUGGGACCCGGCUGUAUUUACACAGCAGCACCAGUUGCCGUUUCACUGCCCAUUGGAAGGUCCCCCUUAUCACUGUGGGGGCCUCCGCCUAUGGCUUCAAUGACAAAACCGACGUCUACCAGUACACCAAGAACUGGGCUCAUCCCCACCAAACUGGGCUUGUUUGUGGCUCACUUACACCAGCAGUACAACUGGACCAGUCGGGCUAUGAUUGUCUAUAGGGACAGUAGUGUGGACGACCGCCCUUGUUUCUUCACCAUGGAGGGUCUCUAUAUGGAAAAGCAGAAGGGAAGGAUUAUCUACAUGUGCUGUUACCCUGACAUGUUCCGCCAGUUAAUGAUCCAGGCCUGGCGUGAGGGGCUCUGCUCUGGAGACUUUGCCUUCUUCUAUGUGGAUAUGUGGGGUGCCAGCCUGCAGAGCUCCAUCUUCCCCGACCCCAAGCGUCCCUGGUACAGAGGAGACGCAGAUGAUGCCAAAGCCCGGGAAGCAUUUAAGGCAGUGAUGAUCAUUACGUAUAAAGAGCCGGACAAUCCUGAGUACAAGGAAUUCCUGACAAAUCUCAGUCGUUUCAGCGGGGAGCCCUUCCACUACAAGGAGGAGAGCACAUUGAUGAAUGUCCUUGCAGCGUCGUUCCAUGACUCAGUACUACUAUAUGCUCACGCCGUCAAUGAGACCCGAACUAACGGCUACACCAUGAACAACGCCUCCGCCAUCACCAGUCACAUGCGAAAUAAAUCCUUCUACGGGGCUUCUGGGUUUGUGAAGAUCGAUGACAGUGGUGACCGGGAGAAUGACUUUUCCCUGUGGGACAUGUAUGAAGCCCACGGAACAUUCCAGAUUGUGUCUCAUUACAAUGGGACGCUGAGGAAGAUCAUGGCGGUGCCGGGGAGGGAGAUCCAGUGGCCAGGAAAGCGGAUCCCGAGGGAUGUCCCCCCCUGCGGAUUUGAUCAGAGUAACCCCGAGUGCAAGAAAUCCACUUUCACUAUCCUGGAGAUCAUGUCUAUAGUCAUCUGCCUCAUCCUCCUGAUCAUCACUAUAUCCUCCAUCUUUAUAUACAGGAAACUCCGGCUGGAGAAGGAACUGGCGGCAGAGUUGUGGCGAAUCCGCUGGGAGGACAUUCAGAGCAGCAACUUGGAGAAGAACUUGCGCAGGAGAGGCUCGAACUAUGGCUCCCUGCUCACCACAGAAGGUCAAUUCCAAAUCUAUGCCAAGACUGCAUAUUACAAGGGCAACAUCAUCGCCGUUAAACACAUAAACCGCAAGCGGAUAGAGUUGACUCGCAAGGUCCUGUUUGAGCUGAAACACAUGAGAGAUGUGCAGAAUGAACACCUCACGCGCUUCGUUGGCUCCUGCAUUGACCCCCCAAACAUCUGCAUCCUGACAGAGUAUUGCCCCAGGGGCAGCUUGCAGGACAUUCUGGAGAAUGAGAGCAUCACGCUGGAUUGGAUGUUCAGAUACUCACUAAUUAAUGACAUCAUAAAGGGGGUGCUCUUUCUGCACAACAGCGUCAUUGUGUCGCACGGGAACCUCAAAUCGUCCAACUGUGUCGUGGACAGUCGCUUUGUUCUGAAGAUCACAGAUUACGGACUUGCCAGUUUCCGCUGCCCCCCUGAUUCCGAGGACAUCCAUGCCUAUUUUGCUAGUAAACUGUGGACCUCCCCCGAGCUGCUAAGAAUGGAAACCCCGCCCCCGCAGGGCACCCAGAAAGGAGACGUGUACAGUUUUGGGAUCAUCCUACAGGAGGUUGCCUUGCGCAAUGGAGUUUUCUACAUGGACAAUGCUGAGUACAGUCCCAAAGAGAUCAUAGAGCGAGUGAGGAGCAGAGAGAAGCCAAUAUUCCGACCCUCCACCAACCUGUACUGCCAUAUCCAGGAGCUGGGGCAGCUGAUGCAGAGAUGUUGGGCAGAGGAUCAGUUCGAGAGGCCGGACUUCAACCAGAUCAAAGUGCAACUGCGCAAGUUCAACAGAGAGAGCAGCACUAACAUCUUGGAUAACCUGCUGUCCCGCAUGGAGCAGUAUGCCAAUAACCUGGAGGAGCUGGUGGAGGACCGCACACAGGCCUACCUGGAGGAGAAGCGUAAGGCAGAGGCACUGCUCUACCAGAUCCUGCCCCACUCGGUGGCUGAGCAGCUGAAGAGUGGGGAGACUGUACAGGCCGAAGCCUUCGACAGUGUCACCAUUUACUUCAGCGACAUUGUGGGGUUCACGGCGCUAUCAGCAGAGAGCACCCCAAUGCAGGUGGUGACGCUGCUGAAUGACCUGUACACCUGCUUUGAUGCCAUUAUAGACAAUUUCGACGUGUACAAGGUGGAGACCAUUGGUGACGCUUACAUGGUAGUGUCCGGCCUCCCUGUGCGGAAUGGAAAACUCCACGCCCGAGAAAUCGCCCGCAUGUCCCUUGCUCUGCUGGACGCUGUUAGAAGUUUCAAAAUCCGGCACCGGCCCAACCAGCAACUGAGACUUCGGAUUGGGAUCCACACAGGUCCUGUCUGCGCUGGGGUCGUCGGACUGAAGAUGCCUCGGUAUUGUUUAUUUGGAGACACAGUUAACACAGCGUCACGGAUGGAAUCCAAUGGGGAAGCCCUUAAGAUUCAUGUCUCUAUGGCCACCCAGAGUGUCCUGGAGGAGUUGAACUGCUUCAUUCUGGAGCUGAGGGGCGACGUGGAGAUGAAGGGUAAAGGCAAGGUGAGGACGUAUUGGCUCCAGGGGGAGUGCGCCGGCAUCACAAAUGGGUGAAAAGGACCGGCUCUUCCAAACCUUUCCAUAGAGACCUGUGACAAUGGGGGUCCCCAAUCCCCUCAACUUACUUUUUCUAUGGGUUGUGGCCACUCAAUUCCUCUUCAUCCCCAAUGGAGAACAGUAUUGGAGUAUUGGUGGGGAAAUCUCUGGACCCAACCUGAUGCCAAAUAGGCCCAAGCCACGCAACAUACAAAAGCCAAGUAUCGACCUACUGGGGGUGUUUUCCACUAUGAGGCGCCACCGGCUCCCACAAUCCUACUGAGCUCCGUGGGGCUACCUGGACUGAUUGAGAGACCCAUUGCCGUGCCGCCUGUACGACGGGCAAGAGAACAGGGCACCGUAAGGAGGGGAUUCCUGUGUAGAACCCCAAAAUGUGAAACUGCCAUAAAGAUUUCUUUACUGGGUAUGGCUCCUGGUGGGGGUUCCCUGGCAGGUAAAAUUCUGCUUUCAGAGCAGGCUGGCAAGGGCUUCUGGGUAAUGUAGUGCACCUUAAUAGCUGCCAUUAUUUCUUCCUUUGGUGCCAGUUUCCAGGAGAUGCCCCUGGUUUAUUCUCCACGGCCGCCUGUUAAAUAAAACUGUCAGAGCAGAGUUGCCCUAGAUUCUCCCUCUGCUGAAAACACACGUCUCGCUGGCGUCUCACUAAUCGCCCCCCUCGCUGCUCGUUGCCCCUCUCUCUGCCCGUGCGUCUCCCAGUCAUUCAGUGAAUUGGAGGCUCAGUAAUUGGCCAAUUUGCUCUUGCGGAACAUGUUCUGCUGCUGCUGCUACUGGGAAUAAAGAGCAUUUAUAUGACAGAAAGAGCCCCCUCUUCCCUCCCCUCCUUCCUACGGCUUUGCCCUUUACUGCUCCAGUCCGUACGUUGUUGUUGUUGUUGGACUACAAAUCUCACCGUACCUGGAGCAGGGCUGCUUUGCUCAAUAUUGUUACCAGUAGCAAUACCAAGGGGCCAAGUGUUCUUAUAAUAAAGAUAAAUGAUGUGGCAUCACA